AUGGAUCUCAAGAUUAUUUAUUUAGUUAUAAGUUACAUCGCAUCAGCGAUAGCACAAGAAGACUGGGAAAAGCACUGCAACAAAUGCCACUGCUUGUGGGUGAGCGGCAAAAAGACAGCCAAUUGUGCGGCGCGAAGUUUCGACACAAUCCCCAACGAUUUGAGUAGCGAAAUUAGAGAAGUCGAUUUUUCCAAUAACUUUUUCUACUCCCUAGAACAAAAAGUAUUCGACCACGCCCAUUUGGUGAAUGUACAUAAAUUGAAACUCCAAAACUGUACGAUAGAAAAAGUGAACCAAUGGGCUUUCACAGGAUUAGGCUUAGUUAUAGAACUAGAUUUAAGUAUGAACAAUAUUGUAGUAUUAAACAGGAACGUAUUUAAACCGACGGUGAGAAUAAGAACUCUAAUAUUAAGCCAAAACAAAAUUAGUGUGCUGGAAGAUGAACUGUUUUACAAUUUAACUUACUUACAAAAAAUUUUAUUAGAUCACAACGAAAUUGAAGUUAUUUCUCCCUUGACAUUUCAAAAUCUGCCAAAUCUAAAACACAUCUCUUUGUCGUCCAACAAAAUUCAACGAAUUACUUUCGAUUUUAAAGAUCAAUUACCGAAAUUGAGCAGCCUAAACGUUGAGGGUAAUCCCUGGGUGUGCGACUGCAGGCUGCAGGAAUUUAGAAGAAGUGUCAAAAAAAAUAAUUUAAUAACAUCGGAGAUUAUGUGCAACGCUCCGCCAAGAUUGAAAGGCCGGUCCUGGAUGGAUGACAGCGUGAUAUUCGCCUGUUCUCCAAAAAUUAUCGACGUAGGUCCUUACAGUGUUAUACAGGCUACCACUAGUAACAUCACUCUAACUUGCAAGGUAAUGGGAGAUCCAAUACCGGAUGUAGAUUGGCUGAACAAUGGUAUUAUUAUUGAAAGAGAUCCGAGAAAAAACAAGCAGAAAUAUGUUACUUUUAAGGAUACUAUCGAUGGUUAUACUUGGAACAAUCUUACUAUCGUAAAUCUUAACUAUAAAGAUAGAGGAGAGUAUAAAUGUUUGGCUAAAAAUCCAGGAGGAGAAAGUGAAAGAAACAUCACUAUAGAGAUACCUCCAGGGGCUCUAACUGGUGGUGGGUUCGUCAGCACUCUCUCCACCAACACAUACCUAGUGAUCGGGCUAGCCGUUGGUAUUAUAGUCAUUCUUCUUAUCGUCCUUGUGAUCCUGUUCUGUUUCUGCAGAAAAAGUACGCAUGGAUUUUACUCGAAGAGAAGACCGCAUGCCAAUACGUCCGAGGAAUACAUUAAUAUGAGUAGCGGACAAGCCGAAAUCAAGAAAGGCUUGAUAACAGACGUCAACCCAGUGACCAAACCUCCUAGAACUACCGUUUCGCCUUCUGUAGUUAGUGGAGGAACUGAAGUUAGCGACGCUAAGAAGACACUACUGGAUAACGAAUCAGUAUUUGAUUGCGACGAUGAAACCCGUUCGCUAGACUUCGAUCAACCACUUCUACAAAAGUCUCACAUAAUUUUAGGGUCAGGUAACCACCAUUACCCUCCAGAUCUACUACCAUUCCCACCAAGAGCAGCUCAGAUUUCUCCAGCUGGCAGCUCGGCUUCUACAGUAGCUGACACCACUAGACUACCCCCACAUCACGGCCCCCAAUCACCAUUGCAUAGCCCAAUAUACGAUCAACUAAAUCUGUACAGGACAUUACCAUACUCCAGAUCGCAUUCCCCAUUUGUGGGCCCACCGGCUAGGGUGCCACGUACAGGUUAUGUGACAAUCCCAAGGCGCCCGAGAAUGCAAAGUUGGAGCUCUGAACCACCCAAUGCAUCAGAUCUAAUAGUAGAGCCUUUGUACGACAAUCUAGGCGUUAGAACAUCAGCAGACGGUGGUACAAGUACUGUGUCUUUAAACAAAUUGGAGAGUAAUGGUACUCCUAGGUCUAACAGACUUUUGCCACUGAGUCCUAAUAACUGCGAUCCCAUCGAGGAAAGCCACGAAUCUCCGCCCAGUCAACCUCUUGCCAGCCAAACACUACCUAGAAACUUAAAUGCCAACAAACUUACCCCUUCAAAGCUUCAGUGGACUAAAGCCAACGCCGAAGCACUAAAGACUCCUGAUAAGAGGAACUCCAUUUCUUCCUUGCCCUCGGAUACCAAAACUACCAAGAAAAUCCCUCCGAGGCCGCCACCGAAGCCCAAGAAACGACUUUCGACUGGCCCACUCUUCGAAGACGAAGGGGAGGAUGGGACAGAAGUGUGA